AUGAGGGUAAAAUAUCCUCACUCUUGGAUACUCCAUCUCAUAAUCUGUCCUAUCCUCACAUCUGCCGUUGAAAUCGGAUUUCAAACUCAAUCCCAAUCUUUACAAAAUACCUUCACUUUCCAAGAGGCUUGGCCCCAAGGCCGUUCCUGCUACCACGUUAAAACAAGUACAGCGGACCCCGUAACCUCAAUAAAGGUACGCACAAGCCGUACAGACAUCCAAGUCAAAAAGACACCAGAAGCAAUCGGAUUUUUUCUAGGCAAAAAAUGUAGCAUCGAGGCUCUUCAAUUUGUAGUAUUCUACUAUCAACCUUUCGAAGACGCUGUUGAUCAACGGUUUAAUCUUGACGAAUUACCGGCACUGUUUAGGGACUUUAAUCACUAUAGAGAGAUCAAAGACGGUACUUUGGAAUGGGUAAAUCUCCUCGGUAACGCUCUAAGAGAUGGGAAUAGUCUGAAUGAAGGAGAUGUGGUAUACCAAUUAACGGAUGGAACAUGGGAUACCCUGAAAAGCGUCGUGGAAGUAACAGAUAUCCCAAACAUCAACAAUCCCUCUCCAGUGCCGUACGACUGGUACCUUGACAAGGGUCUUCGAAAAUCUACCCUCAAGAAAGGGAACUACCUAGGCCAUUUCCGCCAUCAACCUGUUACAGAUUUUAUGAGGAGUAGAACCGCAGACGUUGAUCGUGACGAAGCAAAACAACUACGCUCAAAAUCACGAAAGGAAUGGAGGAAACAUACUGCUGACGGGUAUUCAAUCGAAAACUUCAAGAUUAUGCCCUCGCCGGUGGAAAUAUUCUCACGAUCAAGAAUUUCGGACGCGGGGAGUCCAUAUUUUCCGGGACCGGCUAUAAAAGGCCUUUCACCCUUGCUUAAGAUUGCGACGGUGGGUGAGGGUAAUGUAGACCCUGAUGAUACAACAGAAUGGGACGAACCAAAGCUAGAAGGACGAACGUCGAUUCCCCAGAUGUCCACUAUGAAACGAAUUAUGCCCUAUCUUCCUCGCACACCACAGGUAUCCCCAGAGGAAAUAAAGAAUCAAAACGAAGAUAGUAACGAAGAUAUAAUCCCCGAUGACAUCUAUACCGGAAUUACACAUUCGCAACUACAAAAUGAAGGUAACAAUCCAACAAUAGCGGGCAAGACAAGCAGGAGAAAUGAACCAUCUGCCAGAAGGAAUAUGUAUUCUUCAGAAUUUUACGGUACGCCGUCGAAAUGGUAUAUGAUUAAAAGCGCAGAUACGGUGCAAACUCUCCAAGAAGAAGAGUUCGAACAAACACCAAUGAAUCUUAUGGGGAACACGAGGGAUUUUAGUCGAGCAGCUGCUAUGGGCGAUGCCGAUUACGAAAAUGACUCGUUAAAACUAGAUCGAGAAUCAUUGGGCCGUAUUGACUCUUUUUCAAAAUAUACCGGACCAACUUAUAUGCAACGAAGGGUAUCCAAAUUUGACUAG